AUGUCGUCUCCUUCUUCCACAGGGUCCGCGAAGCGCAAGCGAACAGCUGCCUCCGAGCUCGCAAAGUCCUCUACUGCAGACAUGCUGCAACCGUCCUCGCGUGAUGCCUCUGGCGAAGAGCUGGCCGAAUCACCCUCGCACAACACGCGACGAAAGCAUGCUACAAGCAACUCCGUCGACAGCGCCGGUGUGCCCCCUAAUAAGCGGGCACGCACAAAGUCGAACGCCACGGACGCAGCGAUGAACGGCAUGGACACGUCGCAUGACGCCGAGAUCGCGCACCAUGACCCUGGCGAGCCCAGCAGCACCACGGAAGAUAGUCAGGACAUAGAAUCGAAGACAAAGAGGAAGACGCGUGCUACCAGCAAUGCUAAGAGCAUCAACGUCGACAAUUCCGAGGAGGACCGUGCCAUGGAGCAGCCGCCGAAGGAACUCGUUCAUCCUGCUGGCGGCUACAAGACAAAUUCCCCGCCGGCAGGCCGUCCCGUGCGCGUCUAUGCUGACGGAGUCUUCGACCUCUUCCAUCUCGGCCACAUGCGCCAACUCGAGCAAGCCAAGACCAUUUUCCCUAACACCUAUCUCAUCGUUGGCGUAACAGGCGACGCAGAGACACUGCGCCGCAAGGGUCUCACCGUGCUCUCCGGUGCCGAGCGUGCCGAAACCGUACGUCACUGCAAGUGGGUAGACGAGGUGCUGCCCAAUUGCCCGUGGGUCGUGACCGCCGAAUUCCUUGCCGAGCACAGAAUCGACUAUGUCGCGCAUGAUGACGAUCCUUACGGUGCGGCCGAGGGAGAUGAUAUCUACGCGCCGAUCAAGAAGCAGGGCAAGUUUCUGGUAACCCAACGUACGGAGGGUGUCAGUACCACCGGCAUCAUCACAAAGAUUGUGAGGGAUUACGAAAAAUACAUUAGCCGGCAGUUGAAGAGAGGCACGACCAGGCAAGAGCUCAAUGUCAGUUGGUUAAAAAAGAACGAGCUGGACAUCAAACGACACGUGUCAGAGCUGAGAGACUCCAUCAAAACCAACUGGACGGCAGCUGGUGGAGAGGUAGGCCGAGACCUGAGGUCUUUCUGGCUUGGUGGCAACAGCAGGCCCAGCAGUCCGGCACCCUUCUUAAGGCGGAUGAAGAGCGACGAUGGCCUUAGCAGCACUACCUUGAAGAGUCCGACAGGCACGGAGCAUCUCAAGCACCUAGAGGUCCCGGGCAGUGCCGGCAGUGCCAGAGGUGAUAGUCCAGGCAGAUUGCAGCUGGGUCUGAGCAAGAGCGAGGAAUUUGCUCAAGGAUAUGCGCUAGGUCUGAUUGGAGGUGUGAAGAGCUGGAUGAUGAAGGGCCGUGGACCUAGGGAUUCCCAGCCCCCGAGUCCAAGCGCGAGUGAUGAAGAUGAUGAAGCUAGAAGUCCUAUUAGCGAUGAGCAGAAGAGCCCCACGGGCACUGAGAGGGGGCGAAAAGGACGCAAGGGAUUGACUGUCCUGAACGAUGAGUUGAAGAGGGAUCCGCUUGAUAUUGUGCACUGA